AAAUAAAUAAUAUAUCGGCGGUCCUCGUCUCCCUCUCGUUUGAUGGCAACUCCGCCUCGAUGCAGCUCCGCCUUUCCCCCCUUCGCUCUCUCCCUAUCCCUUCUCUUCCCUCGCCUUCAUGGCCGCGGUCAGGAAGAACAUAGUGUGCAUAUUUGAUGGAUGAUGAUUGUUCCAAUGGACAGGUCAUCGUCUCCCUCGUCUCGGGAGCUUGUACAACGGCUUCUUAAAAAGAAUAUUGAUCUAGAGAAUGGAUUGCGAAGGUCAGCUCAGUCAAAAGUUCCUUCAGACCCCAAUUCAUGGUUUCAAAUGCGAGAGAACUAUGAGACUAUAAUUCUUGAAGAUCAUGAUUUUUCAGAAAAACAUGAUAUCGAGUAUGUCCUUUGGCAACUGCACUAUAAAAGAAUUGAAGAGUUUAGGCACCAUAUUAAUGCUGCAUCAUCUGCUGGAUCUAAUACAUCUGGUGCAAAGGCCCUGGUUCGUCUUGAUAAAGUGAAGAAAAUCCGUUCUGUCUUUAAAAGCUUUCUGAUGGAAGCAACUGGAUUUUACCAUGAUCUGAUAUUGAAAAUCAGGGCAAAAUAUGGCCUACCUUUGAGCUACUUUAAUGAGGGAACUGACAGUGAAAAUGUUUUGACAAAAGAUGAGAAGAAAUUGGCUGAGAUGAAGAAAGGACUUAUGUCUUGUUACCAUUGUUUGAUAUAUUUGGGAGACCUUGCUCGUUACAAAGGACUUUAUGGGGAGGGAGACUCUGUUAGACGUGAUUUUGCAGCUGCUACUAGUUACUAUAUGCAGGCAACUUCUAUGUGUCCUUCACAUGGUAAUCCACAUCACCAGCUGGCAAUACUUGCUUCCUACUCGGGUGAUGAACUGUUGGCAAUCUACCGCUACUUCAGAAGUCUGGCUGUCGAUAUUCCAUUUUCAACAGCAAGAGAUAACUUGAUUGUUGCUUUUGAGAAGAACCGACAAAGUUACUCACAGCUGUCUUGCAAUUCAAAAACAACCUCAACGGGAAGAAUUCAUAUGCGGUCAGCUGGACAAGCUAGAGGAGGUGGGAAUGAAAAGCUUCUGGAGGAAGAUAACAAAGUAGAAAGUAUCCAUAAAGAGAGAGAGAUGACUAAGUCAGAAGUACUUAAUGCCUUUUCUACUCGCUUUGUUCGCCUUAAUGGUAUCCUUUUCACGCGAACAAGCUUGGAAAUUUUUGAAGAAGUAUUUUCUUCAUUAAUUAAUGAUCUGAAUGUGCUUUUGUCCUUGGGUCCUGAAGAGAAUCUUAAUUUUGGUCUUGAUGCUACUGAAAAUGCAUCAGCCAGUCUGAGGCAUAUUGCCAUUCUGAUAUUCACUAUACAUAAUGUGAAAAGAGAGUCUGAGAACCAAUCGUAUGCUGAGGUCUUACAGCGAACUGUGUUGUUGCAGAAUGCAUUUAUAUUUAUUUUUGAGUUUGCUGGUCACAUUUUUAAGCGAUGCAUAGAUCUUCAUGAUGCUGCAUCAAGCUUUCUUUUGCCAUCUAUCCUGGUUUUCAUUGAGUGGUUGGCAUGUCAUCCAGAUGAAGCAGCUGCUUCUGAUAUUGGGGAAAAAUUUGCUGUUACAAGAUUGUUCUUCUGGAGCCAAUGUGUUGCAUUAUUGAACAAGCUUAUUCAGACUGGUCUUGUAUCUGUUGAUGGUGACAGUGACGAAGCUUGCUUUUUCAGUAUGAAUAGGUAUGAAAGUGAAACUGAUAAUAGGGUUGCCCUCUGGGAGGAUUUUGAGUUGAGAGGAUUCUCACCCAUGAAACCAGCACAUACCAUCUUGGAUUUUUCAAGGAAACAUACCUAUGGAAGUGAUGGGGGCAAGGAUAAAUUAUCUCGUGUCCAGAGGAUUAUAGCCGCUGGUAGAGCUCUUGCAGGUGUUGUUUCAGUUAAUCAGCAGAGAAUAUAUAUUGAUCCAAGCCUGAAGAAAUUCAUAAUGAGCAAAGAGCCACCAAUGAUUGGAGGCCGUAUGGAUUCUACCCUUUCAAGUUCAUUUGAUCCAAUUGAGAGAAUACUUGAUAUUGGGAGAGUGCCAAAUACAUCUAGUUCUGGGUUUUCACAGACUAAGACAAGACCUUGUGUUGAAGGAGAAGAAGAGGAAGAAGAAAUUGUUUUCAGGCCUACAAUUUCUGACAAAUAUGAAGAUGUAAAUGUUUCAAAAUUGACUACUUUUGACAUAUUCAAUCCUCUACAAGCAUCAUCUGCAGGUGAUUGGAUGGCACAUGCUCAUCCUCCUGUUCCUUUAGAUGAUGUUCCAAUUUCAGCUGUUUCAAAUGCGAGUUUGAAUCUGCAUCCAUAUGUCAAUACUAUCACGCAGCUUCCUUUGCAGCAUAUUAACUCUACUUCCAGGUGGUUUCCAAAGCAAGAUGAAUUCCUCUCUGAUGGACUAAGAAAUAUGAAUAUAAGUGGACAUUUAUAUAUGAAUAACCAAAUGUUGCAAGAAGGAUCAAAUAACUUGCAGCGAAAUUCAUUUUUACCUGGAGUUUGUUCUUCUGCCAUUCCAAAUGCUAACAGCGCACACUCUGGUCAAUAUAAAACAUCAGAGGUCUUGUUUUCGUCCCCACUUGAUACUUUGGUGCAUUCAGGAGCAGCAUCUGACGGAAGUGUUUUCAGACCUUCUCUACCCUUACCAUCACUCAGAAAAACUCCUGUAAGUCGUCCAGUUAGGCGCUUGGGGCCACCUCCUGGAUUUGGCCAUAUUCCUUCAAAGCAGCAGGAGGAAGCAAUUCCUAACUCUUAUGUAAAGGAACAGCAGCCCGAGCUUGAUGAUUACAGAUGGCUAGAUGGUCAUCAAUCUUCAUCUUCUAAGAGCAUAGGGAUGGUGAACUCACUCAAUCAACAUCCGCAUGGGUAUCCAUAUGCUAAUAUGAGUAGUACUACUGCCUUUGCCAAUGCUUCUAGUUUUCCAUUUCCUGGGAAACAAGUUUCUAGUAUACAGGCACAGGCAACUGAUGGGCAUGAUCUUCAGGAUUUUGAGCAACUGAAAGCCCGUACUAGGCAUAAACUUGAGCAAUCAACCCCACAAAACACUCUCGUGCCUGAACAACAUCAACCAUAAUCUCUUUGAUCUAACUGUGAAUGAUGAAGUCAUUUACGAUGAGUUUGCAAGAAGUUCUGCAGCCUGGUGCCAAUUGACUUCGGUCCUACCUUUGCAUUUGUAAAGGUUGUUGUUACCUUUAUAUUGAGCAUGGAUCAUGGGAGCAUUGCACCGCAUGGACCUAAAUCUGAAUGGCAUUGGUGCUCAGGCUCGACGAUGAAUGAUCAGGCUCGAUUGUGGGGAAAUUUCAAGCAUGUUGAUGUUGAUACACUUUUUGAACAAAUGUUUUAUCUUCAUGGACUUUCCUCCUCGGUGGUGGUUGGUGGUAAUCAGCCACAAGCUUUAGUAUCUUUCAUCUUAUGCUUCUGUCUUGUAAUUCAACCUAUCAGCAAGUGAUCUUUAGCUGUUUGAAAGGAUCCCCACAUCAUUGAUGUCAAAAUUUAUCGAUCUUAUGAAGGAAUUUGUUGCUGAACACAAUGAUAUCCGACCGGUGGCUGAAUGAUAAUGAUACUUGAUUCAGGACACAUGAGCUACUUUCUUCUUGAAUCGACGAUAGUUUAUUCUGAAUUUAUGUAAUAAAUGCUGUGGUUUGAAUCGUGUGGUGUGCUUUAUAAACCAGACUGGACUGGAAGCCAGGAACUUCCAGCAUCAGCUUAAAUUUAUCCUCCCAAAUGUUCUUGGAACAAUUACAUGGAUGGUCUUAGUUGACACCUCGAAACUUAUUAUUUGUAAAACUUUUAUUUGCAAUAUCUUUAUCUCAUCGAGCUUGGUAUUGAUUGCUGGUGACCAA